UUUGGUGGUUAUUGGUGGUUAGAGAAAAACGUUUUUACUAAUUAUUGUGACUGGAUUUUAGAAUAUUCAAAGAAUGCAUAAAGUUUUAUCUCUAAUUUUUUAACCAUUUUUUUAUGGAUUAAUGUUUGUUUUUAAAAGUUCUUUGAAAGUAAAUGAAUUAAAUGAAAUAAAUUUAAGCCAGGGUUGAUUAUAAUAAAUAUAUUCCGCCUCUCAGGCCUCUCAAGAGACGCUAUUACGAAAUUAUAAUUGUGGCGUCGGAUUCCUAAGUAAAUAGUUUAAGAAAGAAGUGUAUUUUUUUAUCUUAGUGUUAAAUAUUUUAUUGUGUGAAAUAAAAUGGGAGAUGAUUUAAUUCGAGUGGCAGUGAGAAUAAGACCACUUGUUCCGACAGAAAUAGAAAAAGGAUGUCAGGAAUGUCUCAGUGUGAUUCCUGAGGAAAAUCAAAUACAAAUCAAAUCCACCGAUAAAGCUUUUACAUUCAACUAUGUUUUUGAUUCAGACAUUGGCCAGGCCAAAUUUUACGAUACGGCAAUAAAGAAAAUGAUAACUCAUAUUUUUCAAGGUUACAAUGUAACAAUUCUUGCGUAUGGACAGACGGGAAGUGGAAAGACACAUUCGAUGGGUACAAAUUAUACCGAAAGUAAUGGCAAUGAUGGAGUUAUUCCUCGCGCUGUUGAGGAUAUAUUCGAAACGAUAAAACUCAAUGAAGACUGGGAUUAUAAAGUUGCGGUAUCUUUCAUGGAAUUGUAUCAGGAACAACUGUACGAUUUGCUUGCGAAUAAACAAAGAAAUCAGUGUGUCGUCGAUAUUCGUGAAGAUUCGAAAAAUAUCAAGAUUGUCGGUGUCACGGAAAGAACCGUGACAAAUUCACAAGAAACAUUGCAAUGUUUAGCCGAUGGUUCAUUAUGUCGUGCCACUGGUGCCACGGCCAUGAACAGUCAAAGCAGUCGUAGUCAUGCAAUUUUCUCGAUAUCAGUUCAUCAACAAAAAAAAGAUGAUCCAUCAAUUAUGAGGACGGCUAAAUUUCAGUUGGUGGAUUUAGCCGGUUCGGAACGAAGUAAAAAGACACAGGCUACCGGCGAAAGAUUCAAGGAAGGUGUGAACAUUAAUAAAGGUCUGCUAGCUCUGGGUAACGUAAUUUCCCAAUUGGGUGAAUGUGGAACUGCAUCUUAUGUCGGCUAUCGAGAUAGCAAACUCACGAGACUUUUGCAAGAUUCCCUAGGAGGAAACUCAAUGACUCUUAUGAUCGCUUGCGUAAGUCCCGCAGAUUACAAUUUAGAUGAAUCGUUGAGCACUUUACGAUACGCGGAUCGAGCGCGAAAAAUCAAGAACAAACCAGUGGUAAAUCAAGAUCCACAAUUGGCGGAGAUCAAUCGACUGAAGAAUAUUAUUCAAGAGAUGAAAGUGUCCCGAUUAAGUCAAGAAAUUCAAGGAAUCUCGACUUGUCCACCAGAGCAUCGGGAAUUAGAAGAUAAAAACCAAUUGUUACAGAAAAAAUUGAGAAGCGUCACGGAGAAACUCAGUGCUCAAUUAAUCGAAUUAGUUCACAUGCACGAACGGACAGAUCUCGCUGAAAAUUCCCGAGAAAAAAUGAAAGCCGGAAUGAAUAACAUCAUGGAAGAAUGUGACGAACUCAUUGAAUUACUGGAAGUCUCUCCUAACGACACAGAGCAACAUCACAAGAAACUAAGUUCCAUUCGUCUGCAAAUUCUCAAUUUGCAAAACGAUCAAAAGAAAACAGAGGAGGAUCUUGUGAAUCAUGAUUUAACGUCAGGUUCGCAACAAUCGAUACAAAUAAAAAUUGAAGACGAGGAAAUCGAGAACAACAUUGCCAAUGAGACCUACGAUCUUGAUGAAAAACACGAGGAGCAUACACUUCGUCAAGCGCAAACAAUCGAUCAGGUACAAACAAUAACUCGCGAACUUGCCAUUAAAGAAGAACUUGUUUCGAAAUUACUGCAAAGUGUCGCCGAUGACACGGCCCAGUUACACUCAGUUCACGAAAUGGAGAACGAAAUAACAAAAUUACAAACCGAGAAAGAAGAAUUACAACAACAAUUGAAUAGCGCUCAGAAUAAUAAAGUUGCCGCCCGCCUCGCUGAGACGCGACGUAAAAAAGUUCAGGAAUUAGAGAAGAAAAUUAUCGAUCUCAAUCGUAAAUGUACCGAACAAAAUCGUGUUAUUAAACAAAAGGAAAAAUCCGAUCAACAAAUUAGAAAUUUGGCCAACGAAAUUAAUACAAUGAAACAAACGAAAGUGAAAUUAAUCCAUCAAAUGCGCACCGAGUCAAAUCGUUUUCAAAAAUGGAAAAUUUCCCGUGAACGUGAACUAUCGAAAUUAAAGGAUCAAGAUCGUAAGCGUGUCAAUGAAAUGGCAAAACUUCAAGUGCAACACAAUAAACAACAGAAUGUGAUGAAACGAAAAAUGGAGGAGGCACACGCUGUUAAUAAACGAUUAAAAGAGGCACUUGAGAAACAGAGAAAAGUACAACAGAAACGUUCGGAAAAGGCAAAUAGCAAGGAGCAUAUUCAAUCUUGGGUGUCACAGGAAUUGGACGUUUUUCUCAGUACAGUUGACGCCGUAUGCUCUCUAGAAAGAUUAAUGCAGGAGCGAGCACUUUUGGUUAAUCAACUCAAAGAGCUUCGCGACAAAAAGAACGAGUACGAUAAGGAAAUUUUUCAGAAACAAGAAACCGAUCUUGUCGAAUUAAUCGAAUUGCGAAACACACAAAUUUCUGAUUUUCAACAAAAAAUCGUCGAAUCAGAUCAAGAAAAUCAAGCCAGUAACAGGUGGCAAAAUUUGAUUUCCAUAAGAGACGCGAAAAUCGCUCUCAGAUCUGUAUUUGAACUCUCAGCCGAAGACAGGAAGAAAAAUUAUGGACUUAAAUGUGAAAUUGAUGAUCUCAAGGAUGAAGUCGAUAAAUUGAAAGAUAACAUAAAAAAGCAGGAGAAUCGAGAAAAGCAACAGAAGAUAAUGAUGAUGUACAAUUCUCCGGUACCAGUGAAAAAAGAAAAUCCGAAGGGGCAAGAGGAAUUGGAAUUUUACAAAAAUCGUUGCGCCGAACUUGAGAAGGAUGUUCUACAUAAUUCUAUGGAGCAAAUUUCAAAAAAGAAAAAAAAGAAGACCGUACCAAACACUCCCGAGUACAAUGCUAUAUACAAUGCUUCCAUGUUUUCUGAUGAAAGUAUUGCCGAUGAUGAUGUGGAGAACGAUCCCGACUGGACGAAAACUCCACUUUAUCAUAGAAUACAAAAACUCAUGAACGUUACGAAAACUGUGCCGGCUGAAAAUCAAGGGGCACCGAAAAGAACUUCUGAAGGAGAUAUUAAAUGCGCCUGUAAAACAAAAUGCGCUACACGUUUGUGCAGUUGUCGGAAAAAUAAUUUAUCCUGUAGUAAUUGUAACUGCAAUCCAGAAUGUUGUCAAAAUAAAAGUGUCGACAAUACACGACGUACCCUGUUUUCCGAUUUAUCUAAAGAAAACACCGAAGAUUCAAAACGACCCCGACUGACUGCCUUGCAGAAUUUGAAUCCAGAUUCCGAUGAAAUCAACGAAUCUUCAUAAAUGAAUCUCUUAUGAAGCAAAUUAAAGGCCAUUUUAAAAAAUUAUUUAAUUCAUCAAAUUGUAAAGAACGUAACAAAAAAUGUUUCAUUAGUUAGUAAGUUAAUUAGUUAAUGUUUAAAUUUAAUUCGUCAACAUUAGAUUGAUUAACUAAUUAUUGGUGAUUUUAAUAUUAUAAGCUAUAAUUUUUAAAAAUAGAUCGUAAAAUUUUUUUUUUUAGAGAAAUAAAUUAAAAAUUAAUUUACUCUAUAA